GUUUCCUUCCGGGUUGCGGCCGCCGCCGCUUCCUCCCGCCGCGCCCGGGGCCAUGGGGGCGGCUGCCGGCCGGGACGCCGCGGAGGGGCCGGCUCAGCUGGACCCUGGGCGCGGGUCCCCCCUGCCCCGGGGAGCCGGGAGCCCUGCGGCGUCCCAGGACAAGCUCUUCUUAAUCAAAGGUGGAAUUUUUCUAGGUGCUGUUGCUACAGCAGGAAUGAUAGCAGGUUUUGGCACCACGCUUGCCAUGACAAAAAAGAAGAACCCAGACUGGUUCAGUAAGGGGAUUACUGCCACAGCUGCGUUACCAGAGAGCGGUUCAUCACUGGCCUUACGAGCCCUAGGAUGGGGCUCGCUCUAUGCGUGGUGCGGAGUUGGAUUGCUCAGUUUUGCCAUCUGGAAGGCUCUGGGUGUGCACAGUGUUCAGAAGCGGCAGCUGAGAGAGUGGCCUGUGAUACUGAAGGCAGCAGAAAGAGAUGAAAGAAUUCCAAACAAAAAUGCAGUCCAUCUUCCCAGCAGUUCCUAAAAAUAGUGAGUCCACUGUUGAAUGGGAAGACUUACUUAAAUCCAAGUGAAAGACUCGGAGCCAUUUGGAGAUGUCUCCUUCAGCAAGAACAGAAGCAGAAGCAGCAGAAGUAGCAAAAGUAUCCCAUCUGAAAAACAGAGAAGAAAACUCAGAAUGAGCAUGUUACUGGCUGAAUUCUCUGAACCUGGAGAUGCCAGUUAACAUCUAGUAGCAAGGGAAUUAAAACCAAAACAAAGCAAAAGAAUUUAUAUUGUACUUUUCGAUGUGUUUGGUAUAGUUGACUUAUGAGGAAAUGAACCCUCCAAGGUAAGUUGUAUCCAACUUGAAAAAAGACUUUCUCUUAUGAAGACGAAGUAACUGAUCUUCAGUAGCAAAUAUGAGAACAAAACCCCAGUAAACUCUUAUCCCAUCCUGCAUCUUAAGAGGAAUUUUAGAAAAUUUUUCUAGGAAGCAAAGAACAGUACUUCCAGUGACAUUUACAUGUCACAUUAGGAAUAUAACCAGCAAGUCAAUUUUAACAGAUCUGUUAUGGAACCUGAAGGUAAAGCAUACAGUGCAUUCUUCUAAAAAUAGAUAUUUAAAUUUGCAACAGAGAAAGCAUCUAAACUGAACCAUUUCUGUAUGUCUGAAGGGAAGGUUUAAAACAUCCUAUAUACACAUAGUGACCUACUGAGCUCCUCUGCAGAGCAGCAGAAGAGAUCUCUUUCUCUCAGGAUUAGUUUUUUUUAUUGGAUCCCACAAUAGUGAAUCUGACAGUUUGCAUGAAAGUCUCUACUAUAUUUGUAUAGCAAUGUAAGUUAUAAGUGAAAAACGAGUAAAAUAGUGAGACACACAGUCUGUCCCACACAAAUAUUUUCUGCUGAGAAAGUGUAUGGGCAGGGCUAGUUCUUUUGUAUUUUGGUGGUUCCUGUGGCUCUUCUGCCAGUAGAACCAAUGUGACAUUUGCCACACUGCAGUAAUCUCCUGAAGGAUGGGUUUAAAUUAGGAAGAAUGAUGUCUUACUGAAACAUUGUAUUUGCAGAACUGUAGAUCUGUAAAAAUGGAGACAUUAAAAGACAUACGCUGCUAGUGAACAAUCCUUUGCUGAAUGCUCAGUUACCAGGUUUUUUUAAUUAAUUGCACACAGUCCAAUUAGUCAGUAGUCAGAUUUUAAUAAAGUCCUCUUAAAACCUGU